CUCCUAGCCAAUAUUCAGAUUCAGAUUCAUCGAAUUCAAAGCAAAUACAUUAUGCUUCGCUUCUGUUUGGAUUACUUAUGUCUCGUCAUAUCUAUUCUAAUGCACUCAAAUACAGCCUAGGUCAUAAUCAUGCUCUCAUGUUUAAUUAUCGAGGAGGCCAUCUAGAAGAGGCUCUUUUCUAA